AUGGGCUUUGCCGACGUCUUGGAUCAAGUCGGUGGCUUCGGACGUUUCCAGUUCAUUCACGUGGCGCUGUUAUCGAUACCGGGUCUUCUCAUGGCCAGCCAGAACCUCCUGAACAACUUCACGGCCGGGAUGCCCGGACAUCGCUGCUCCGUACCUAACCGCACCUCCCUGGCGCUCAGUCACAACGUGUCGCUGUCGGAGCUGAGCGACGCCCAGAUCCUCCAGGCCUUUAUCCCCACGGCGGACGGGUCGCGGCUGUCCAAGUGCCGCAGGUACACGGAGGCGCAGUGGCACCUCGUAGGGACCAACGUGAGCAACGUCACAGAAGCGGACACCGAGACGUGUCCGGACGGGUGGACGUACGAAAAGACGGAAUUUCUAAAAACUAUAGUCACCGAGUGGGACCUAGUGUGUGCCCUCGGACCCCUCCGACGGAUGAGUCAGACCAUCUACAUGGGAGGUGUUCUUGCCGGAGCCAUCAUCUUUGGGGGUCUCUCAGACAGGUUUGGUCGAAGAGCGCUGCUCAUCUGGUCCCACUUCCAGCUGGCCACCCUGGGCACCUGCACAGCCCUCUCCCCGAGCUACCUGGCCUACUGCAUCCUCCGCUUCCUGACGGGCAUGUCUGUGUCGGGGGUCAUUCUGAACGCCUUCUCCCUCCAGAUGGAGUGGAUCCCCACCAAGUCACGCACAGUGGUGGGAUCGAUCGCUUCCUUUUUCUUCACCGUCGGCCAGGUGGUCCUGGCAGGUGUGGCCUACAGUCUCCGAGACUGGCGCCAGCUCCAGGUUGCUGUCUGUGCUCCUUUCUACAUCUUCUUCAUCUGCAGCUGGUGGUUUUCUGAGUCGGCUCGUUGGCUGGUGCUGAACCGCAGGUCGGCCGAAGCCCUCAAACACAUCCAUCGCGUGGCGAGGAUUAACAAGAGACCAGAGAUGGUGGAAAAGAUUACACUGGAGGUCUUGGAGUCACACAUGCACAAAGAGGUCCAGUCCAGCACUACUGUCUUCACAGCUUAUGAUUUGAUGCGCACUCCCGUGAUGAGAAAAAUAUCUGUCUGCCUGAUCUUCGUCUGGUUCUCCACCAGCUUUGCCUACUACGGCCUGGCCAUGGACUUGCAGAAAUUCGGUGUGAACAUUUACCUGGUUCAGCUGAUUUUCGGGGCUGUGGAUUUCCCAGCCAAACUGGGAGCCCUCAUGGCGCUAACUUUUGUGGGUCGAAGGGUCACUCAGAGUGCUUGUCUCUUCUUGUCGGCUAUAGUCAUCUUUGCCAACAUCUUUGUCCCCGCAGAGCUGCAAACGGUACGAACCGCCCUAGCUGUGCUGGGGAAGGGAUUCACUUCCGCUUCCUUCACCUGCGUCUACCUGUACACCGGAGAGCUGUACCCCACCGUGAUCAGGCAGACAGGAAUGGGUUUCUCCUCCACCAUGGCUCGCGUUGGUUCCAUGGCAGCACCAGCGGUGCUGAUUCUGGAAGACGUCCUGCCUGCCCUGCCGAGCAUCAUCUACGGGGGCUCAGCGGUGUUGGCGGGCAUCUUGGCCAUCUUCCUCCCCGAAACCCUCAACGUUCCCCUGCCGGACACCAUUGAGGAUGUAGAGGAGAAAUGGGCCAAGAGCAAGGACGAAGGUGACGCUAUAAAGGACCAAGGACAAAGGCAGACAGUGGCCAUGGAAGACAUGAAGGAAAACCCAGAGGUUGAUGGAAAAGCUACGGGGCUGAAUGCCUUGUGAGAAUAAUUCUAAUCAGAAUGAAGACACGUGAGACAUGCUGACACACUGAUUACGCUGGAAAUAUGAGUAUUUUACACACUGGACAGAUGAAACACUGCCGCGCUGCUUACGUGAUUGAUACACAAUAUAC